AAGGGCGGGGCCUCACCUGCGGGCGGUGAGCCGGGCCGGGUGGGGCUCAGUCAGGCAGCGGCGGGCGUCGCCUCUUGGAGUUCCGUGGGUCGCGGGGCGAUGGCUGGGCCCGGGGCGUGGGGCCGGCUCCACUUCGUGCUCCUCAGCGUCAGCUCCUGGUCCUUGAUAUCUGCCCAGGUGAUGGACAAAAAAACCAUUCAAGUGCCUGAGAACGACCCAAUUGAAAUACCCUGUGCUGCGUACAUGUCGAAAAGCGGAACACCCAGGGUCGAGUGGAAGUUUGAAAAGGGCUCUUCAAUAGUGCUCUUCUAUUAUGAUUCCAAAUUCACAGACCCCUACAAAGGCCGUGCUCAGUACACACCCACAGGCAUUCGUUUCACUUCGGUGACUCGGAAGGACACAGGGAAGUAUAUCUGCGAGGUCCUCUCGACCGGGAGCGGUGGCAGUGGUGAACUGAGCAAGUCAGAAGUUGACCUCAUUGUCCAAGUGCCUCCCUCCAAGCCCGUUGCCAAAGGGCCCACCUCGGUGACAAUCGGAAACAAAGCUGUGCUGAAAUGUGUGGAAACAGAUGGGUCUCCACCUCCUACCUUCCAAUGGUACAGGGACAACAUCCUGAUGCCCUCCAACCCCAAGAUCAAUGAGAAAUUCAGGAACUCCUCCUACACGAUUGACACCAAGACUGGAGUGCUGACGAUUGAGCCCGUAACCAGCGUUGACACGGGGGAUUAUUUUUGCGAGGCUCAGAACAACGUCGGGACCGCUCAGAAAUCUGAAGCCAUCCACUUGGAAGCCACUGAAGUCAACGUGGGCGGUAUUGUGGCAGCUGUGGUCGUGCUGCUAAUCGUGCUGGCUCUGGUUGCCUUCGGCAUCUGGUUCGCCUACAGACGUGGCUUUUUCAGCAAGAGAAGAGGGUAAGUGGAACCUCGCACUCUGUUCAAGUGUGCGCCUUGUUCUUUGUCCGUCCUCCAAGCCUCUUCCAUCCCUCUUGUGCUCCUGGCCUGCGGAGAUCCUUCUAGCGCUGUGGAGUGGGUAGAGUAUUCCCCUAGGGAGCCAGGACUAGCCAGACUCUGCCACCUCCUCCGUGGCAGUUUAAAUGCAGCCUGGAAUCUCUUCCGUGCAGCAGUUAGAGUGCAAGGUGCCAGAGUGUACCCCAAGCUCCUCCUCCUACCCCGCUGUGCCCCAGAGUAGCUGCUGUGUGACACGUUGCUGGCCCCCCCGCCAGGUGGGAUCUCUGGGUCUGGAACAGUGGGGAGACUUUGACCUUUUCUCUUGGACGAGGGCACAUGUUUCUGCUGUCCCCACCAUGGGUCGCUCCUACCCUCUCAGGUCCACACUCCCCUGUCCUAGCUCUAUUCCAUCCGUAUCUUCCAGCUGAAGACAGGAACCAAGCCUCCAUCAAUGCAGUUUUCCCCACCCGAAUGGGUCAGCAGGUGGCAUCUGGGUGGAGCACUGUCUUCCCCUGUUCCCCAGAUGGCAGUGUUGUCUUGUGUCCCCACCUCUUGCUGGCCUGGUGAGCAAAAGGCUGCAGAAGGAUCAGAGCAGGGCAGUGUGUUGCCUCCAGACCAUGCCAGGCAUAGUCUCCUUCCCCUUACCCAAAAGAAGUCAACAUCUCAGGAGCGAAUAGCAUUGUCAUGAGCUUGAAAAUUCCCCCCUGCACAGCUCUGCUCAUGUACCCGAUCCACAGCCCCCCACUUAUUUGGCCCUGGACUCCCUUUCCAGUUCUGCCAAUACCCCUCAGUCCUGACCCUCCUCAGCCCUCACUUCUGUGCCAUUCUGCUCCUGGCCUGAUUAUACCAAGUUACAAGCUGGUUCUAACAUGGGGACUGAGUAGAUCCCAAAAUCUACUUGGCACCCAAAGCAGGCUGGGUAUCAGGAUGAGGCCUCUUAGCUGUGUGCUGGAUAUCGGAUGGGGAAAUAGGGAUGGAAGGAAGAGACCAGUCUGUAAAGCAUCUCUCCUACCAGAGCUGGGGGGAGGCUGUGUCUUGCCUGGUGGGGGUUGGGAGAGAAGGGGCGAAUCAGGCACCUCCCAUGUAUCUUUUGUGAGAAGUUUGACAUAGCCUGGUGAUUAACAGCAGCUGCCUGCUAACUUGCUUCCCCAUCGUUGCUGGCUGUCUGGUCCAAUACUGGCGGGGCACAGUGGCACAGCUGGUGGUUGGGGUGGGGUCCGAGGAGUGAUCAGCCCUUGUGAAGUGUCUUAGUUUAAUUCUUUCUCUUUUUAGCAGCACUAAUAAGCAAGUUAUCUACAGCCAACCCUCCAACCGGAGUGACGGAGAAUUCAAACAGACCUCGUCCUUCCUGGUGUGACAUUGGCCCUGGCUUGGAUCCCCCUCUCCUGCUGACGUCCUGCCCCUUGCCCCAUGAACUGCUGUAAAUGUUCUGUGUGAACUACUGUAACACUGCGAUUUUAACUGUUUUUUUUUAAGUUACACCUAGUGCCUUUUUAGUCCUCUUCUAGAUUCUCCCUGUCCUGUAGAUCUGUGGGGCUGGAGUCUUGCCCUCUGCGCUGCAGGCAACUUCGCAUAAACCAGCGUUAUUUUCCUAAACGACAGAUGACAAACCCAGCUGCUGAACACACCCAGCAGAGGGGCUCCCCUGCCACUUGCUGGCGUUGCAGAUUGCUCACCCUGCUUUGGGGAUGUCUGCUAGCACCAGGCUUUCCCAAGGAGGGUGAAAUUCAGCCCAUGCAGCAGGCCAGCGUGAGGCCUUUGCAGCACCGUAGUGCCACUUAAGCCUAUCGGAGGGUUUUAUGCUGCCAGAGGUGGCAGGCUGGGGAGCCCUGGUUAUGCUAAAGCACUGAAUGUAGGGAAUGCAAGUAUAUUUUUGUGACUGUAGAAGAUUGUUGUGUGGUCCCCACUGUCGCUGCUAUACUAGUGUGUCAGGAUGUCAUCUUUGUGGUGUCUGAACUGGCUGAAUUCUACAACUCAACUACAUCCCCCCUGCUGUCUGUGUCCCCCCUGUCCCCCACCGAAAAAGUGUCCCCAUUUUUCCACUAUCUUGUCACCCCAACCUCAGUAUGAAUGGCAGGAGUCUUGAACCACCAUGCAUCUGGAUCCACUGAGAAAUACUUGUAGGGAACGAGCCUGUUGCAGGAAGCGGGAAAGGGGCUGCUGCAAGGCUGCGGUAGAUGGUGCCUCAUCCGUGGAAUCUGUAUUUUUCUCUUGCGGGGCUCCAAAGCAGACUGGAUCGGUUACCAGGAAUAACAGAGGUUGGAAUCAAAUCCUUCACUUUGUUGGGUCACAGUGUGUAACCACCCUGGCAAGAGCUCUUCAGGAGGCUGUCCUGCAAGCAGAGGCUGUAGGGCCAGACUCCUCUCCCAGCAGCUGGACAGAUUUAACUGUGCAGCUGCUUUUUAUUACAGUUCAGCAAGAGAAACCUUCCCAGACCUUAACUUGAAAGCCUGAGACACUGUAAUAGUCACUUUUAAAACCACUUUAAAAUACUUGUGUAAUUUUAUCUAUUUGUAACUGGAAAUAAACCCUUUGGUUUGA